AUGGGCAAUACCACCAGUAUCGCCGCCGGGCGUGACUGUUUGAUAUCCGCCGUUGGGGGUAAUGCCGCCCAUGUCGCUUUUCAAGAUCAGCUGUUGUACCAGGCUACCGCAGUCGAGCCAUACAACUUGAAUAUCCCCGUCACUCCGGCGGCAAUCACAUACCCUCAAUCAGCGGAGGAAAUAGCUGCUGUGGUGAAAUGCGCCUCUGAAUAUGGCUACAAGGUGCAGGCUCGCAGUGGAGGACACAGUUUCGGCAAUUAUGGACUUGGUGGAGAGGACGGUGCCAUCGUGGUCGAAAUGAAGCACUUCUCCCAAUUCUCCAUGGAUGAGUCGACCUAUAUCGCGACCAUCGGACCCGGAAUCACACUAGGCGACCUCGACACCGAGCUGUACAAUGCGGGCCAUAGAGCAAUGGCCCACGGUAUCUGUCCGACCAUUCGGACAGGCGGCCACCUGACGGUGGGCGGAUUGGGCCCGACAGCGCGCCAGUGGGGUCUGGCGCUGGACCACGUCGAGGAAGUCGAGGUCGUGCUAGCAAACUCGAGUAUUGUGCGUGCGUCGGAUACUCAGAAUCAGGAUAUCUUCUUCGCCAUCAAAGGUGCUGCUGCCAGCUUUGGGAUAGUCACCGAGUUCAAAGUGCGCACAGAACAGGCGCCCGGCUUGGCCGUCCAAUAUUCGUAUACGUUCAAUCUGGGGACUCCUGCCGAGAAGGCACAGCUCGUCAAAGACUGGCAGGCAUUCAUAGCUCAGGAAAACCUCACCUGGAAGUUCUACUCCAACAUGAACAUCUUUGACGGCCAGAUCAUUCUCGAAGGUCUCUACUUUGGCUCGAAAGCAGAGUACGACGCGCUGGGCCUGGAGGAAAGGUUUCCGCCCAGCGAGGCCAGCAACGUGCUUGUUCUGACGGACUGGCUGGGGAUGGUUGGUCACGAACUGGAAGAUAUCAUUUUAAGAUUGGUCGGAAACACCCCGACCUGGUUUUAUGCCAAGUCCCUAGGGUUUACGCCUCGCGCCCUGAUUCCCGAUUCCGCGAUUGAUGAGUUGUUCAAUUACAUCCACGAGAACAACCCCGGAACUGUGUCCUGGUUUGUCACACUCAGUCUGGAGGGUGGAGCUAUCAAUGCGGUGCCUGAAGAUGCCACAGCAUACGGCCACCGCGAUGUGCUUUUCUGGAUUCAAAUCUUCGUAAUCAACCCGCUUGGUCCAGUCUCGCAGACCACUUAUGGUUUCGCAGACGGUAUGUACGAUGUUCUGGCUCAAGCAGUGCCUGAGAGCGCGGGUCAUGCAUAUCUCGGAUGUCCCGAUCCCAGAAUGCCCAACGCCCAGCAGGCGUACUGGCGUAGCAACCUUCCAAGAUUGGAAGAGCUGAAAGGUGAUUUGGAUCCAGAAAACAUCUUCCACAAUCCACAGGGCGUUAUGGUCGUCUCCUGA